AGCCUCCUGACUCCUUCCAGCCGAUUGAGUUUGCUCGGUUAUUAUUGUAAGGCGAAGAUGGCGGCAGAAAGGGAACCUCCACCGAUGGGAGAUGCUGGGCAAACAGACUUCAGAGAAGUGGAGGAAGGAGAGGAUCUUUUUGUCAGCACUGUCACUACAUUAGAGUCCAGUCCCACAUCUCCAGAACCUGCCAGCCUGCCUGCGGAAGACAUCAGUACAAACUCCAACGGACCAAAACAAGCAGAGAUGUUACUGGAUGAUGAUCCUGAAGAUCUCUUUGCUGAGGCCACAGAGGAGGUGUGUUUAGACAGUCCAGAGAGGGAGCCCAUCCUGUCUGAUGGACCUUCUCCAGCCAUCACUCCAGUCACCCCCACAGUGAUGAUUUCUCCCAGGAUUGAACCAGCUAUGUUUGACAGAUCUUUGGAUGAGGAUGAAGAGGAGGGGGAGAAUGGAGAUACCUUUGACAUGAAUAUAUCAGUGUCAGAUCCAGAGAAAGUUGGUGAUGGAAUGAAUGCGUACAUGGCCUAUAAAGUGACAACAAAGACUUCGCUGAGUAUUUUCAGCAAAAAGGAGUUCUCAGUAAAACGGAGGUUUAGUGAUUUUCUUGGCUUGCACAGCAAGUUAGCCUCCAAGUAUAUGCAUAUCGGAUACAUUGUCCCACCUGCUCCAGAGAAAAGCAUUGUGGGAAUGACUAAGGUCAAAGUUGGAAAAGAGGAUUUGUCAUCUGCAGAAUUCGUGGAGAAAAGAAGGUCUGCACUGGAAAGGUACCUGAUGAGAACAGUCAAACAUCCUGUCCUCCUCAAAGAUCCAGAUGUCAUGCAGUUUCUGGAGAGCUCUGAGCUGCCGCGAGCAGUUAGCACUCAGGCACUGAGUGGGGCUGGAAUAUUGAGGAUGGUAAACAAAGCUGCCGACGCUGUCAACAAAAUGACAAUCAAGAUGAAUGAAUCGGAUGCGUGGUUUGAGGAGAAGCAGCAGCAGUUUGAGAACCUUGAUGUGCAGCUAAGAAAACUCCACGCAAGUGUGGAGUCAUUGGUGUGUCACAGGAAAGAGCUGUCAAUGAACACCGCGUCCUUCGCGAAGAGUGCCGCCAUGCUGGGAAAUUCGGAGGACCACACGGCUCUGUCGCGGGCGCUCUCCCAGCUGGCCGAGGUGGAGGAGAAGAUUGACCAGCUGCACCAGGAGCAAGCUUACGCAGAUUUCUACCUGUUCUCAGAGCUGCUGGGAGAUUAUGUACGCCUCCUCACUGCGGUGAAGGGUGUGUUUGACCAGCGUAUGAAGACGUGGUCCAAAUGGCAGGAUGCCCAGGUCAUGUUGCAGAGGAAACGGGAGGCUGAAGCUAAGCUCCAGUUUGCUAACAAGCCUGACAAACUGCAGCAGGCCAAAGAUGAGAUCAAAGAGUGGGAAGGUAAAGUCCAACAAGGAGAGAGGGACUUUGAGCAGAUAUCAAAAACUAUUCGCAAAGAAGUGGGAAGGUUUGAGAAAGAGAGAGUAAGGGACUUCAAAGUUGUCAUCAUUAAAUAUCUUGAGUCAUUAGUACAUACACAGCAGCAGCUGAUUAAAUAUUGGGAGGCGUUCUUGCCAGAAGCCAAAGCUAUUGCAUAAACAGAAAAACCCUGCACUAACUCCCCUUGACUGAUGAUCUCUUUUUAUUUUUAUUGUUUUGGUUUUGUUUACUGUAUGCCACUAAAGUGAAUGCACAGACAAAAUGGAAAAUGAAUCACCACUCAAAUAAAACACUAUGAAUCUUUUAAUCGCUUAAUCCCUGUUGUUUUACCUUGCGGGUGGCUUAAGGAGAUCUCCUUUGUCUUUGAUGUGCUCUCUGUUGGGAGCAUGAGGACAGUGACGAAGGGGGGUUGCACUUCCUGUUUCAACAA